UUCAUGUGCUCGUUCUGCGAGACGCUGGGCGCGAUGCUGGGCCUGCCCGACGCCGUCGUCGGCAUCACCUUCUCCGCCGUGGGCACGUCGCUGCCGAAUCUCGUCGCGUCCAUGGUCGUCGCGCGCAAGGGGCUCGGGAACAUGGCCGUGUCGAACGCGCUCGGGUCGAACACGUUCAACGUGCUCAUCGGCCUGGGGCUGCCCUGGCUCGCGUUCUGCCUGUCGCACGGCGGCGUCUACCACGGCCUCCCGGCGGAGGACAUCGUCGUGCCCGUGCUCGUGCUCGUCGUCACGCUGCUCCUGUUCCUGGUGCUGCUGCUGUGCACGGGGUUCCGCCUCUACCGCGUGCACGCCGCCGCGUUCCUCGGCGCCUACGUGGCCUUCCUCGUCUGGGCCGUCGGGAAGGAGUACCUCGGCGCGGCGGACGACGCGGACCCGGGGCCGGGGCUCGCGCCCAAGUACGUUGCGUAA